GUCACAGAACAAACUCGAUUCUUGUCCAACAACAGCUUUUAGCAAUCACCAAUCCUUUCUUAUCUACAACAAACUCACGAAAGCAAAGAGGUUGUCUUUACAUGAUACACAUCGUUACAAGGCGCAAAUUCUAAAUAUAGAGACUGAGGAAGAUUUGCAAACAUCCGAAGAAACCCAAACUUGCAAGAUUUCUGGCUUUUUCCUUUUCAUCUCUUACACCAUCGCCUAAUUCGCCAUGGGAGGGAUCUCGGGCUUUCUUACAAUUUUUCCCCCUUUUAUUUACUUUUUAUGGUCUCUCCUUGAAAGACUCCCUGUCAAAUUGCCUUUGCCAAUUGAUAAAUUGGUCUCUCGUGUGUCUUAUCCUCGCACCGGUAGGCAGUUGCAGCGCUAUGAUAAGAGAGGCUUUCGAUUAGUUGUUGGGUGUAUUCCCUACAGAUAUAGGGAAACGGAAGAAGCAACUUCAAUUGAUGAAGUAAUAGAAGUUCUUGUAAUUAAUGCACAGAAUGGUCAAGGAAUGUUAUUCCCUAAGGGUGGUUGGGAAAAAGAUGAAACCAUGGAGGCCGCAGCCAUUCGAGAGACGCUUGAGGAAGCCGGUGUUGUUGGCAAUCUUGAAUGUAAAUUAGGUAAAUGGUCGUAUAAGAGCAAAAGGCAAAGCAAAUUCCAUGAAGGCCACAUGUUUCCUUUGCUUGUCAAGCAAGAGUUAGAUCGCUGGCCUGAGGAAAACGUCCGGAAUAGGAAAUGGGUGACAGUCUCUGAAGCUAGAGAGCAAUGUCCGCAUUUGUGGAUGAGGGAAGCUUUAGAAGAGUUAGUUCGCCGCCAUAUGCAGCAGCAGCAGCGGCACCAAGGGGAAGUAAACAGAACAGCCUGCAAUUAGAACGCGUUCUAGCAACCACUGGGUUGUUCUUUGAAUUUGUGAGAUUUAGGAAGAUAGAUCAAUGUAAAUGAGGAGACAUCAAAAGUCAAAUUAGGUAGAGAACGAGGACGUUGGAGAUUAUGCUCUUCGUUGGGGAUAUUCCAGUUGCUUGUGUUCCACCAUUUUGGACUCUUGAGUUCUGAGGAGAGAGAGGUUGAAGAAAUGAUUGGAAGAAACAGGGGAAGCAUCUCAGAUGUACAAAUGUCAAUUUUUUUAUUCUUUUCAGAAUAUAGAAAAUUUUGAUUCGUUGUUUCAGUUCAACAAAAUUCUGAGGAUUCAUUCUUUAAUCUCAGUAGACUUCUCUGAAUCAA